AUCGUUCAUGCCCUACUGGAAAUUGCUGACAAAUAAUCAAGAAUUAUGAGAAAAAAGUUUAAAGCUCUGUUGCUAUUGCUUCAGCUGGUGGCCCAAUUGAGAUCCGGUCAAGCAAUUUGGUUUCCCUGGUACCUCCAGCGAUACGGAUUGGCCCCGCAUUCCUUCCGACAUGGCGGAGGUCACAAAAACCAGACAGACGACGGCUCCACCUGCCCACCUGGCUACGAAAUGAAGUCAUCAUCCGCAGGAUUGACUGGUGGAAUGGCUGGAUGUGAACGCGUAGUUGGAUCGAGAGUUGGAAACGCAAAACGCCUUUGCGACGACAAUCCCGUGCUGAUGCAACUGGCGCGUCUCUACGUGGUGAGUCCUGAGCGGAUUGUCCUGCUCCUGGCGCAGCCCUCUCUGACCCAGUCCUGCGCCGAGAUCACCGAUGUGCUGGGCAACAUACGGAAGUCCAUGCGCAACUGUGUCCUGGCGCCGGAUAACAUCUAUGGGCGACUGGCGGAUGGGCUGAACUACUUUCAAUCGGAGGUCUGCGAGGGAGGCGAUGGCAAGAACAGGAAGCGAUGCACUGGACUCCAGGAGUCGCACAACUGCCUGAAGGAGCUGCGGACGGACAUGAUCGAGUGCGAGGCACCGGCUGAUUGGUACGAACGCAGGAAUGCCAGCAAAGUGUGCCACAUCUUCAACGAUGUCCUGAACUGCUAUUAUACGAGGGCAGCCCUGUUGUGCGGACUCGAGGUCGCCAGGCAGCUGAGGUCCUUCGCAGGAGACAGCAUGGGCAGGGCCAUGAUCCACAAGUGCGAGGUCAGCAAGAGGCUGCCCCGGGUUGAUAAUGCCAUGCCCAUUAACGCUAGUAGGGCUAGCUUAAGGCCAUCAUGGCUUGUUGCUCUAAGUUCUUGGACUAUAGUUAUUUAUUUUGCACGGCUUAAAUAUAUAUUUGGAUAA